UCCUGCUGCGGGUGUCCCCUUGCCGCUGCACCGCGGAGAAAUGGCGCUGCUGCUGCCGGGGUGUCUUUUCUGCCUCUUGGCGGCUCCCUGCUGUGUCCUGUCGCAGAUCCGCCUGGCCCCGUCCGCCCCGGGAGUGGUGAAGCCCGGAGAGUCCCUCACGGUGACUUGCGCAGUGUCGGGGGACUCCAUCGCUACCCGCGCCUGGUGGAACUGGGUGCGCGAACUCCCCGGCCGAGGGCUGCAAUGGGUGGGGCGCAUCCAUUUCUCCGGGAGCACGAACUACGCCCCCGACCUGCAAACGCGAGCGAGCAUCGCCAGAGAUGACGCCAAGAACGAGUAUUACCUGCAGCUCCGCUCCCUGACCUCUGCGGACACCGGCACCUAUUACUGCACCAGGUGGGACUUUGAUUACUGGGGCCAAGGGACCAUGGUCACCGUCACUACAGCGACCCCAGCUGCCCCAUCUCUUUUCCCGCUCUACCCUUCCUGCGAGGCCGACGCGAGCCAAGAUCCUGUAGCACUGGGCUGUUUGGCUAAGGACUUCCUUCCGGAAACAAUCGAUUUCUCCUGGAAAAAUAACACAAACACCAGCAUCACCGAUGGCAUCAAGAAAUUCCCCUCAAUCCUGAAUACAGCUGGGACUUAUAUUGCCACCACUCAGCUAUUGGUCACCGCCUCCGAAGCACAAGGAGUUUUCUAUUGCACAGCCACAUACCCUAGUGGAGAAGAGACAAUCAAAGUAAAUCAUUCUUGUCCGCCUACUACUGAACCCAGUAUGACCAUCCGCCCCCCAGCCAGAGACCAAUUCCUAGAGCCCAAUAAAACCUCCACCAUCAUCUGCAGCGUUAAGAACUUAUGCAACCAGGCCGUUACCAUGAAGUGGCUGAAGGACGGGGAAGAGGUCAGCUCUGGAAUCCACACUGUUGCCCCUGUCUCCAGUGGCUGUAAUGGUUACACCCUCAUCAGCGAACUGACUGUCUCGGAGGAAGAUUGGGACAGCAACAGUGUGUACAGCUGCAAGGUGGAGAGCAAUAAUUUCAGUGACAUAAGGAACACUAGCAAGUGUUUUGAGUGUGGAGAAGCUGAGUGUUCCCCUCUUGACAUCGACGCCCAGCUAAUCCCGCCUAAUUUUGCUGAUAUUUACAUCCGCAAAUCGGCCAUACUGACCUGCAGGGUCACUAACAUGCAAUCCACGGAGGGGCUCAACGUGACCUGGAAGAGAGAGGAUGGCACGGAGCUGGAGACCAGCAUCGGAGAACGCAAGGUGCAGAGCAACUGCCAUGUCAGCGUGGAUGCCACGACCUCCGUGUGCGUGGAUGAGUGGGAGAGAGGAGACAAGUACACCUGCGAAGUGAUUCAUCCAGAGCUCACCUCCCCCCUUAAAAAGAAUUUGACCAAACAGCCUGUAACCAACAGCCACGCUCCGUCAGUCUACAUCUUCCCUCCUCCCGCCGAGCAGCUGGCCCUCCGCGAAGCUGCCACCGUCACCUGCCUGGUGAAAAGUUUCAACCCCCCUGACCUCUUCAUCAAGUGGCUGAGCAACGGCGAGGAGCUGAACGCCUCCAAGUACAUCAGCACCCAGCCCAUCCAGGAGUCCAGCCAGCCGCUGCUGUACUUCGCCUACAGCACCCUGCAGAUCAGUGAACAGGAGUGGAACGCCGGCAACACCUACACCUGCUUAGUCGGACAUGAGAAGCUGCCCCUGCAGGUGACCCAGAGGACCGUGGACAAGUCCACCGGUAAACCAACCUUGGUCAAUGUCUCCCUGGUGCUGUCCGACACCAAUACCUUUUAUCUAGAUGGCUUCGUGGAUGCCGAAGAGGAAGACUUCUACAACCUCUGGACAACAGCCUCCACUUUUAUCAUCCUCUUCCUCCUGAGUCUUUUCUACAGCACCACGGUGACACUGAUCAAGGGCUCCCGGGCACAUGCGGGGUGGUACCGGCGGCAGCGACAGCAGCCAGGCGAGUGUGUGGAAGCCCUGGCCAUGCUGGAAGAGUGCGCCGGACCAUGUCUAUGGAACCCCACAGCCCCCUCCGUCUUCCCCCUGGUUCCCUGCUGCACCAAGACUGACAAUGCUCCCCCGGACACAAGCUUGGCCUGCCUUGUAACGGGUUAUUUCCCAUCACCAGUGGAGAUCAAGUGGAAUUCGGGCAAAGUGACCCAGGGGGUCACAACUUUCCCAGAGGUGACAGUGAGCAACGGGCGCUUCGCCCAGAGCAGCCUGCUGAUCAUCCCUGCCAGGCCCCGGCAGGGCGACACCUACCAGUGCGAUGUGACACAUCAAGGGACAGCAACGACCGAGUCGAAGAAGUUCCCUCAGGAGUGGUGUGGUUUGACAAAGCCACCCGAGGUUCACCUCCUGGUGCCCACCUGCGAGGAGAGCUCCACGGAGAGCCAGCUGGAGCUGGUUUGCCUCCUCCUGAGCUUCAAACCCAACAAAGCCAACGUGAAAUGGCUGGUGAAUGGAAAGGAGAGCAGCCCCCCCACCCCGGCCUUUUCCUUUGCAAUGGGCACAGAUGGUUUCUACAUGGGGCAGAGCCGCAUGAACGUCACCAAGCAGAGCUGGGAGAAGGGGGACGUCUACACCUGCCAAGUGACCCACCCAGCAGUGGGAGCAGAGCUCUCCAUGCACAACACCAGCAAGUGCUUGGCCUGCCUCAGAAGCUCACUUGACCCAACCAUCUACUUAACCAAACCCUCCUAUGAAGACGUCAUCAAAAAUUCUGGUCAUGUUACCUGUCUAGUUCUGGGCUAUGACUUAGCAGCCAGCAGAAUCGCAUGGAAAGUGAAUGGGCAAGUCAGCUCUGCGGCAAAGACAGAACCCCCCAAGAAGAACAGCAACGGGACCACCAGCCUGCUCAGUUCUCACCCUGUGUCGCUGGCACAAUGGGGACAAGGCACCCAAUUUACCUGCAAAGUGACCACACCCUGUUCUGGAGAACUAACGCAGGACAUAACCAUGAGCAAUACAGGCAUCAGGAAGAAGGAGCCCUCAGUCACCAUCUCCCGAGCCUACCACGAAGACAUCUCCGGGAAUAGAGUCUCCUUGACUCUCAUCUGUGAAGCUAGCGGCUUUUACCCAGCAGAGAUCAGCAUCUCAUGGUUGAAGAACAACUCCCCAGAACUCAAGUCGAGUUACAAUAAUGGCCCUGUGUCAGGAAGUGGCACUUUCUCUGCCUACAGCAUCCUGAAGGUUGACAAAAGUGUAGGAGCAGUAAAUUACACCUGCGUGGUGCAUCACCCAGCCAUGGAAGAGCCCAAGAAGGUUGUGGAAAAGGUGUCCCUCGAUUUCCUGGAGACAUCUCCCCCAACAGUCACAGUCUUCCACACACCAGACAUAGGUGGGCAUGAGAAUCUGACCUGCUUUGCCACUGGCUUCUACCCAAAGCACCUAGACAUGCAAUGGACUGUCAACAAUCAGCAGCUCAGCUGCAGCUUUCCCUCCUCUCCGACGGCCCUGGGCGAUGGGAGGUUCCAGCAGAGCUGUCAGCUGGUGUUCAGAGCGGCUGAGAGGAGCACGCUGAAGCCCUACACCUGCACUGUGACCCAUAGCUCCACUAAGAUGAUCCUGAAGACGGUGCUGCACUCUACUGGCUGCCGGGAACCAGCAUUGCCAUCUGCCUACAUCCAGCCCCCAUCUUUGAAAGAGCUUUUCAUGAACAAGUCAGCUUCUGUGAUGUGCAAGACCUCCCUGGCCAAUGCCAGUAUCAACUGGACAAUGGACGGUGAGCUGGUGGACCUGGGAGCCGUGAGGAUGGAGCAACUCAACGGCAGCACCUGGCUGCAAAGUUGGCUGCAGGUCAACCUGAGUGAAUGGAACUCCACCGAGACGGUCAGAUGCCAGAUCAAGAGUGACCUGGCGGAGAAUGUGCUGGGCAUCAGCCCAAAGAAUGGUUCCUUGAAGGCUCCAACCAUCUACCUUCUGUCCCCAUCCUCAGAGGAAAUCUGCCGCAACCAAAACCUCACUCUUCACUGCGCCGUCAAAGACUUCUACCCUGGUGAGGUCUCCAUCUGGUGGCAGGAGAAGACAGCCCAGACGGAGGUCGACAUCCUGGCCGAUGACGAGAACCACAACUGUGACCAUAACAGCCAGCAGUGCUCAGUGAUCAGCAAGCUUGAGGUGUCCAGGAGCAGAUGGAUUCUGGGGACUUCCUACAGCUGUCUAGUCGCCCACCUCUCCUCUGAAGGGAUUAUAGCAAGAAGUGUCAAUGUUCAGACUGAGUCCUGGCACUGCUCCGUCCUGGGCAUCAACCCCUGCAGCAUCCGAGACGACAGCAUGGAUGACUACAGUGAGUUGGACGAUGCCCAAUGUGUGUGGACCACGGUCUCCACCUUCAUCGCCCUCUUCCUCAUCACGCUCUUCUACAGCGGAUUCGUCACCUUCAUCAAGGUGAAAUAGGCACCACUCUCUCCACACAGUGAAGAAGAAGGGAUGGGGUCCAAUCUGCCCCUCUGUUUGCAGUUCUUUUGCCCACUUCCAUUUCCCUGCCUAUCCAUGGCGGCUGGCCUGACCUACAGGGUAGAUCAUCUGGCCAUGGUGAUCUCCCAUUACUUCCAGAGACACAUGAAGAAAGAACAUCAAAGAAAGGCCUUCACUGUUCCCGCCCAUUUUAUGAAGGCCAAGAACUAUGCAUACUCCAUGCUAAGGGAGAGAAAGUGGGUAAAGACGUCUCCCAAAAAGAUUCUUUUGAUAGUUCUCUGUUCCUUCUCUCAGCCUUACCAUAUCAGCUCCCUAACCCCUCAAAAAAUUACCUGAGCUCCCCUCUGUGCUGCUAAAUCUUAUUCUGUACUACCCCUCCUGAGAGUCUUAGGGGGUCACGGUUGGGGACCCAAUACACCCCCCCCAUCUUUCACAGGGCUUCUAAGGUGGGAAACAAACCCCACUCCAUUCAAGGUUGCCAAGGACCCUGGGACCUCCUAGGGUAAUACACACAUACCCCCAGUCCUAGGACAGAGAUGAAGGCAGUUGCAACAAUCUGCAUCCAGAAAAAGCCAGCUCACAGCCACUCCAUGCUAUCCAACCUCGCAAGAAUUCAUCCUCGUUCUGUUUCUCCACUCAACCCCCUGAGAGCCGAACCUAAUGCUGCAGAUCCCGCACUGCACCCCACUGGAACCCAGCCUAAGGCCAUUCCCCCCAGGAGGUCCCCACUCUACCCAACAAGAUCCUAAUCCAAUGGUAUUGACCCCUCAAGUUCCCCACGUAACCCCACAAGAACCCAACUCCAUGCUGUUUCUUCUAACAAAGCCCCAACCCUAAAAGACUCCAAACUAAUGCUCUUCCUCAAUAAAUUCUCCCACUCAAUGCUGGAAGAAUCCAAUCCAAAUGCAUUCCCUACCCAUCCCUAGGAGGUUCACGGCUACUCCCCCAACAAAAUCACAACCCAACCUGACAAGAACCUAACCCAUACAUCUUCCAAUACAUACGUAGCCAAACUCCACUCUUCCA